AUGUACGACGAUUCUUGGUACAGCUUCGUGCCGGAGGUGGCCAAGAAAGCUAGCACGGCUGCCCAAGGCCCAGGCCAUCGUCGCAAAGAGUCGCUGUUGCAACAGUCCAAUGGUAUUCCCCAAGCUUCUAAUGCGCCAGAGGCUCUCGACGAAAUCUUCGAAGAGAUUGAAGACCGAAACACACCCCCGGAAGCCGAGGUCUUGCGCCGCGCAAAGUCCUAUUCGGACUUCUACCACGUCGUUCGGGCCCAAUUAGCUAAGGAUGAGCAACACAAGAGGCGCAGGCGGAAGAAGGAAAAGACAUGGGAUGCGCUAGAUAUUGCGACAGACGUUGCCGAAUCCAAGACCGGACCUCGCCCGGUUCAUCGCCAGUACGAGGGGGAACUGCUUGAGGCUAGUCAGCAAGAAUACCUACUGUACAAGGACCAACUGACGCUCACCGAACGGCAUCUCGACAUGCUCAUCGACGAUACCAACCAAGCGCUCAAGCUGUUGACAACAUUGUCUGAAUCGUUCCAAUCCGUCGAAGCACAGACGAGUUCGUUCCAGUCGCAGUGCGAGGACCUAUUGUCGGAACAGCACAGGCUCGAGAAACUUGCAGACGAGGUCGGCACUGAUCUUCACUUCUACGCAUACCUCGAUAAUGUCUCUAGGAGACUCAAUGCUCCUGGCGCUGGACGUCUGGUUGAUGAUGAAUCUUUCGGCGAGAUCUUGAGGAACCUAGAUUCUUGUAUCGGCUUCAUGUCGAAACACACGACGUACCGUGACGCCGAGUCCUAUCUGGCUCGAUACGAGGCUUUGCUGACCAAGGCACUCCAUCUUCUCGAAGUCGGUUUCACCAAUAGACUGGAGAGCAUCUCCUCCGAGAUCGCAAGCCAGAUUGUUGGCACCAAGUCCGAGGCCACCCGUCAUGCUUUGGCAUACGGGCGUUUCGAGGAGAUGAUCCUUGAUUCUUACUCUCUAAUCCCUAAUAUCCACAAAGUGAUCAACAGCGUGUACGACGAAUACGGGCUUCCGAUCACUGGCGUUGCCAAGGACAUCUACUCGAAUACCACGAGCAAUCUCUUCAGCUCUUACCUGGCUGUUCGAGACCGCGACUUGAAGCCCAUAGUGCAGCACGACCAGGACGAGUUCAAAAAGGAGAUCAAAGAUCUUUCCGUCGAGACAGCUUCGAGGAAUUACAUCAAGCAGAGCUUCGAACGCGCGUUCAAUGAAGCCAAUCUAUUCGCCAAAAUCUUCGGUCUGGAUCUACAGUGGAGCUCCGAUCCGGAGUCGGCAUAUGGGGUCCUCAAGUCUAACCAGAGGUCGCUCGUCAACCCCGCGAAUCUCGUCCAGUUGGCCGCCAAUCUCAAUGCUGCACUGCAGACUGCGGACCUCGAUACGAUCUGUAGUGUGGUCGGCUGGCUGACCAAUGAGUAUCUGGUUCUCGACUACGACGAGGAAGAAUCUCCCUUCGCGCGUCAAUGCCGUGAACUCAGUGCCAGACUCUUGACCGAACAUUUAUGGGUCUUUACAGACAACGCAUUUGAGGCGGAGAUCACAAAGACGAUCGCCAAGGCCACGGUUAAAGAUGAGUCUCUUACUAUCGGCCCAGUGGUCGGCGGCGUUUCUUCUUCAAAUGCCUUCCCCCCAGUUAAGCAAGCGCUCAAGCUUUUGGCCAAGUAUGACCAAGCCAUGCCCAAGGAACGAAGUCAAAAGAACAGCCAGGUCAUCUUCAAGAUCGUCCGGGAAACUAUUCAGAUACUACAACGCGCCGAGGCGCGGAUCAAAUCCAUCAAGGCAGGCACGGACGCCGAUCUGUUCAUGGUGAAGAACCUCCUCAUCAUCAAAAACGAGCUCGUCUCUCUAGAAAUUGGAGACAUCCGAGGCGACACGGCCGCCAUGCAACAUUUCGGUCACAUCUGGGACAACCUCAGCCCCCAGAACUGGAUGGGUUUCGUCAGCAACAUCAUUGGCGGCUCCCUUUGGUCCCGAGGAGCGACGGCAGGCGCGGCGACUGUCACCGCCAAGACGUUGACGGUCGAGGACAUGAGCGAGCAGCUGGACGAGCUGCUGAGGCAGUCUAUUGUCGCCUUCACGCAGCGCUGGGGCGGACUGACGAACGAUGCAAGGGCUAGGAAACCUGGUGUCAAGCCCAUUGGCAAGGUCGAAAAGGAGCUGGAUGAGGUGCUGUUGAGGGCUUUUAGCAAUCAGCCCGAGGUGAUUGCGAAGCUGAAGGAGGCGAUUGAGAUUAAUGCGCAGGCGCAGGAGAAGGCGCAAGAGGAAAAGAAGGGAAUUAGAAGGUACUGA